UAGCGGGUGUGGAGAGUCACGCCAUCAGAACAUGCUUUAAUUCUGAAAGGUAGAGGUGGAAAAGGGGUUAAGAAACUUUCACCUUUGGAGCAACAAUCGACAAGUUGGGCAAGGAUACCGUUGUUUCGUGCGUGUCGGAAAUGAAGUCUACUCAAAUUUUACUAUCCACUGCACUUAUUUUCCUUCUAUCUGGACUUUCCAUGAUUACCGCCUGCAACAAGGCUCUCUGUGCCAGUGAUGUCAGCAAGUGCCUCAUUCAGGAGCUGUGUCAGUGCAGGCCCUCUGAUGGGAACUGCUCAUGCUGUAAGGAGUGUAUGCUCUGUCUGGGCACGCUGUGGGAGGAGUGCUGCGACUGUGUGGGGAUGUGUAACCCCAGGAACUACAGCGACACUCCGGCUACCUCCAAGAGCACGGUGGAGGAACUCUACCGACCCAUCCCCUCACUGUUCCGUGCCCUCACCGAGGGUGAAGCACCCAUCAACAUGAUGGUAGUAUCCUUCCCCGUGGCUGAGGAACUAUCUUACCAUGAGAACCUGGUGUCUUUCCUGGAAACUCUGGAGGACCAGCACCAAAAUGUCUCCCUGACCGGGAACAGUAUCCACGCCAGCUACGAUAACACCCAAAGUACUGAAGAUAACAUGUGCACUGUGGUGUACUUUGACGACUGCGUGUCCAUCCGCCAGUGCAAGCAAUACUGCGAGUCCAUGGGGGGCUCCAAAUAUCGCUGGUUCCACAAUGCCUGCUGUGAGUGUAUCGGCCCAGAAUGCCUCGACUACGGCAGCAAAACCGUCAAGUGUAUGAACUGCCUGCUCUGAUUGAAGCCAAUGGGACUGGCCACAUUAGGGUACUGUGUUCAAACUGCCACAAGGGGGCACUAUCUGGAGUAGCAGAUGGUGAAGGUUAACUGAGGAAUAUGACUUUCAUAAUGCUUCAGUAUUUUUAUGAAUUAUUUUUGCUCAUUUUUAUAUUUUAUAGGUUCUCUAGCAAAUUAGAAAUAUAUCAUUUAAAAAGUUUUUUUUUUUUAUAGUUAAGAGAAGAGGUUGAUGUUUUAAAAUGUGUAAUGAAAUGGCAUUUUAUUUUUGAUGUCAUGGAAAAUCAGAUUAAAUACUAUUUGUAUAAUUGUUUUAUCACGUGUUAUUUUAGGAAACAAUGUCCAUAUUCAAUCAAACUAAUAGCCAGCUGUUCACAUGUUUGAUUUUAUAUGUGCAGUUAAAAUGAUUUGUUUC